GGAGCAGACCUGAGACAGAGGGAUCUCAGACACCCAAGUGUGCAAUCUCAGUCUCUGAAAUUCUUUCCAGGAGGAAAACCCAGAUUCUAGGCUCCGUGGCCACCGGGAGGGAACAUGGAGAAGCCGUGGCUGUGUUUCCUGCUUGUCCUCAGCCUCCCCAGUGCUUUUUCCCAAAGAGACUUGUGGAGAAAGGCCUUCGUGUUCCCCACAGAGUCAGAUAAUUCCUUUGUGACCCUGAGCGCACACCUGCAGAAGCCUCUCAGGGCCUUCACCCUGUGCCUGCAGGUCUACACGGACUUGACCCGCGGAUAUAGCAUCUUCUCUUAUGCCACCAGGGCACAAUCUAAUGAGAUCCUCUUCUUCAAGGAAAAUAGUGGAGUGUACAGCGUAGCUGUGGGAGGAGCUGCCGUCUUUUUCAAGCCUCCUGCGCUCUCCCCUGCGCCGCUGCACAUGUGCAUCACCUGGGAGUCCGUCUCAGGGAUCGUGGAGCUCUGGGUGGACGGGAAGCCCAUGGUGAGGCGGAGUCUGCGGAAGGGCUACUCUAUAGGAACAGAAGCCAGCAUCAUCCUGGGGCAGGAGCAGGACUCAUUCGCUGGGAGCUUUGAUAAAAACCAGUCUUUGGUGGGAGACAUUGGUGAUGUAAACAUGUGGGACUCUGUGCUGUCCCCCAGUGAGAUUAGCAUUAUCUACGCUGGUGGAAAAUUGAAUCCUAAUGUCCUGAACUGGGGGACGCUGAAGUUUGAAGAACAUGGUGAAGUGUUCGUCAAGACCCAGCUGUGGCCCUGAGGCCCUUUUGUGAGUCCUGAAGUUGCCCCCCAGGGUCUGCGUUUUACGUUUCCCUUAACUCUGGCUCUGACGUGUUACUGUCCUGCAUAUGUGGCUUUGGUGCCCUGGGCGACUGUAUUUCCCUCUCCCUUUUCUGCCUGGUUCUCACCAGCCGAGGCACAGGGCAGAGCAGAGAGUCUUUUUCAUGACUGCCCAUUAGAGUUACCAGGCCAAUUAAAUUUGGUAUUUUUAGGGGGUGGGACCCAAGUGUCAAUGUUUUUUAAAGCUCUCCAAGUGAUUCCACUGUUCAGCCAAGGUUGAGAGUUAUUUAAGUGUAUGUUUAAGAGCAAGUGAGCCAACUUUUUAUUCUCCUGAAAGACUGCUCAUGUCUAACUUGUACUCCAGCCAACAUCUUCCCUUCCCUUUAUUGGCACCCCCAACCCCUUUUAUUGUGCUUUAUUGAGUUAUCUAAAGAAUGAGGGAAUGGAACUUUUCCAGCAUUUUGCCUCCACCUUUAGGAUACGAUCAUUAUGAAUUAGAAUUAACUACAAUUUUCGUUAAUCUGUUCAGUUUGAAGUUUCAAAAACCUAAAAAUAAAUGUUUUGGUCUUAUUUCUAUUUAAUGUUUUCUACUUUUUUUCUUCAGGAUCACCAAUUUUCAUUUUGGGAGAUUUCCUUUAUUUUUCUUUCUCAUUUAUUAUCACUCAGACCACUUUUAUCUGUGUCCUUCAUCCUUAUAUUGUGGAUUUUUAGUUUUCCAAAACUAUCCUCCAUAUCAGUGCUUUGAUUUUCCAUCUGGCAUGUUGAAAUUCUUAUUAUUUCCAAAACGAUUUCAAAUCCUGUGAUGCUUUUCGAGUUCUCUUAAAUUCUUUCUUGCAUUUUGUGUGGCUUUUUCAACCCCCAUCUUUUACCAAGUCUCUGUUUUCCCCACUUUGCUUGAGAGUUUAUUGCAGCUGUUGCCUAAGAUUUUUAAAUUUUUCCUGUGAUUCAUCUUUUAUUGGAAGUAGAUCUUCUCCAUGCUUUCAAUAAUUUUCUUUCAUAUGCUACUAUUUUUCAGUCCUUCUAUUCAAAUAUAGAGUGAGAGGUGAGUUGAGCUCCUUCCCGUUUACCUGGUCACAGUUACGUUCCUCAGCAACUUAAGCUAGCGGACUGGUGCGCCUGUGCCUAUAUUAGGAGUUCCUGGUCAGGCAGCCCAGCCCUGAUAUCCUGACGCUCCCCUUUUAAGUGACACCCCCCCCUCCCCACACCAUUUUCUUCCAAUGUCCCAGACCCUCAAAGGUGCACUUUUCAAAUAUUUAUGUCUUCAUUUCUCUCUCAGUGGAAUGAUCCAGAGUGCUGGGGCAGGGGCAGGGGCUGGGGCUGGGGUUGGGGUGGGGAGCCAGCGGGGGGAAACAGUUAAAAAUAGCAGCGUAAUCAGGCAAGACUGGGCCUUGGAAGAAGGUCAUAGGCUGGGAAGCUUCCGGCACCCCCUGACAGGCUCCCCGCCAUGGUGCCACUGUGCCGGCGUAGCAUCUCAUGUACAUGUGGCAGCCCUCUCUGGGACUCUGGGAGCCUUUUUCUCCACCAGGUGUGAAGCGGGUAGAGAUGCUCGUUGCCGCUCUGUUCUGAAACUUAGAUCUGUAGGGGAAAGGUUUCGGUACGUUUUUUUUUUUUUUACUUGAGAUCUAAGCUGGAUUCUUUGCCAGCCAAAAGGUUGAUGCCCUGAACAUUAUUUGAGUCCUGUGUCUGUUUCUUAGUUCCUUUAAAACCCAUGUGGAAGAGAUGAGAUUGUCCCCUCAGGGCUCGAACAGUACCUGCCACAAAGACAGGUGAGCGCUGUGACAUGGAGAGGUCCACACUCCCUGUCCCUGGUUCUCCACCUGCAAGUAGCCUGGGCAGGAUUGCAGACUCGGUAGAACAGUAACGGGAUCGGGGACAAUUUCUCUCACAGCACAGAGGGGUGGCUCUCAUUGGUGAUGGGAUUUCCACAGGGAACAAGGCCAGGUUUAUUCAAGAGUUCCGACCUUUAAUUGUGACACUCCCCACGAGCAGGGGCAGGUUCGCCUCAGAACAAACCGAGGUGGCCUUUGUACUAUGGGAGCUGAGUACUGACAGACAGAAGUGGAUCCUGUUUCUGUCAGUAAUGCUUUACUCGUGUUUGGGGCCAAAGAGGGACUACUGAAGGUCCAAUCUGUACAUCUGAACGGCUGGCUCAUUUGCAGUUUCUUAAAAGCCUUCCCCCCCCCACCCCCCACCUUUCAACCAAAGUUUAAGAUAACAAAGUACCUGGGCUCAGAUCCUGGUUCCAUCUCUUCAUGUUGUGUGACCUUGGGAAAGUUAUUUAAAAUGUUAUGUUCUUUGGAUUUCUUCGUCUCUAAAAUGGGGAUGACCUAGGGCUGGCACAUAGCUAGGGCUCAAAGCAUGUUAUCUAUGAUUUACUAAUAACAAUGCUGGUUUGAUCAUGAUUGUGGAUUUCAAAGACCCCGCCUCUGGGUCCGAGACCAUCAAUAAACAGAGAAAAAGGGA